AUGGUGCUUGUAUCCGCCAUUUUGGAUGACCCGAUGGAGUGCAGCAGAGGGGAGAGGCUGUCCAUUACUCUAGCGAAGAAUCGUAUUAACCGUGCACCAGAGCGAGCGGGGAAAGCCAAAGUGGAGGUGGACAUUUUUGAGCUGCUGAGAGACAGCGAAUAUGAGACAGCCGAAACCAUGUGCCAGAUUCUUCCGAAAGGGGUGGUAGCCGUCCUGGGACCUUCGUCGAGUCCGGCCUCAAGCUCUAUUAUCAGCAAUAUCUGCGGGGAGAAAGAGGUCCCUCAUUUCAAAGUUGCCCCAGAGGAAUUCCUCAAGUUCCAGUUCCAGCGAUUCACCACCUUGAACCUCCACCCCAGCAACACCGACAUCAGCGUGGCCGUAGCUGGGAUCCUGAACUUCUUUAAUUGCACCACUGCCUGCCUCAUCUGUGCCAAAGCGGAAUGCCUUUUAAACCUAGAGAAGUUGCUUCGUCAGUUCCUUAUCUCGAAGGACACCCUCUCGGUCCGGAUGCUGGAUGACAGCCGGGACCCUACCCCACUCCUAAAAGAAAUCAGAGACGACAAAACUGCCACCAUCAUUGUCCAUGCGAAUGCCUCCAUGUCCCACAUCAUCCUCCAGAAGGCAGCUGAACUGGGAAUGGCGUCAGCCUAUUACACGUAUAUCUUCACUAAUCUGGAGUUCUCGCUCCAGCAAUUGGACAGCUUUCUGGAUGACCGGGUUAACAUCCUGGGAUUUUCCACCUUCAACCAGUCUCAUGCUUUCUUCCAAGAGUUUGUCCAGAGCCUCAACCUGUCGUGGCAGGAGAACUGUGAUCACGCUCCCUUUACUGGGCCGGCCCUCUCCUCUGCCUUGUUGUUUGAUGCCGUUUAUGCCGUGGUGACAGCGGUGCAGGAGCUAAACCGGAGCCAGGAGAUUGGUGUGAAACCACUGUCCUGUGGAUCCGCACAGAUCUGGCAACAUGGCACCAGCUUGAUGAACUACCUGAGAAUGGUAGAAUUGGAAGGUCUCACCGGCCACAUCGAAUUCAACAGCAAAGGUCAACGGUCGAACUAUGCCCUGAAAAUCCUGCAGUACACACGACGUGGCUUCAGACAGAUUGGCCACUGGCACGUUUCUGAAGGACUUACCAUGGACAACAGAAUCUUCUCCUCCAACAUAUCGGAUAGUCUCUUCAACACCACUCUCAUCAUCACCACCAUCCUGGAAAACCCUUAUUUAAUGCUGAAGGAGAACCACCAGGCGCUGGAGGGGAACGACCGCUAUGAAGGCUUCUGCAUGGACAUGUUGAAGGAGCUGGCGGAGAUCCUGCACUUCAACUACAAGAUCCGCCUGGUUGGUGACGGGGUGUAUGGCGUGCCCGAGGCGAACGGCACCUGGACUGGCAUGGUCGGAGAGCUCAUUGCUCGGAAAGCCGAUUUGGCAGUGGCUGGCUUGACAAUCACGGCUGAACGGGAGAAGGUGAUUGAUUUCUCUAAACCUUUCAUGACUUUGGGAAUUAGCAUUCUCUACCGAGUUCAUAUGGGGCGCAAACCUGGCUACUUCUCUUUCCUGGACCCCUUUUCUCCUGGUGUCUGGCUCUUCAUGUUACUUGCCUACCUGGCUGUCAGCUGUGUCCUCUUCCUGGUUGCUCGACUGACGCCAUACGAGUGGUACAGCCCCCACCCCUGCUCGCAAGGGAGGUGCAAUCUCCUAGUGAACCAGUACUCUCUUGGCAACAGCCUGUGGUUUCCAGUCGGGGGUUUCAUGCAGCAAGGAUCUACUAUUGCCCCUCGAGCUCUGUCCACACGGUGCGUCAGUGGAGUCUGGUGGGCAUUCACCUUGAUCAUCAUCUCCUCCUACACGGCCAACCUGGCAGCCUUUCUGACCGUGCAGCGGAUGGAUGUGCCCAUAGAAUCGGUGGAUGACCUGGCUGACCAGACAGCUAUUGAGUACGGCACCAUUCACGGAGGCUCCAGCAUGACCUUUUUCCAGAAUUCCCGUUACCAGACGUACCAGCGGAUGUGGAAUUACAUGUACUCCAAGCAGCCAAGCGUGUUCGUGAAGAGCACGGAGGAAGGGAUCGCGAGGGUGCUGAAUUCCAACUACGCUUUCCUGCUGGAGUCCACCAUGAACGAGUAUUACCGUCAGCGCAAUUGCAACCUCACGCAGGUCGGGGGCCUUCUGGACACCAAGGGCUACGGGAUUGGCAUGCCAGUCGGCUCCAUAUUCCGAGAUGAAUUCGACCUGGCCAUUCUCCAGCUGCAAGAGAACAACCGCCUGGAAAUCUUGAAGCGAAAGUGGUGGGAAGGGGGCAAGUGCCCCAAAGAGGAAGACCACAGAGCCAAAGGUCUGGGAAUGGAGAAUAUUGGUGGAAUCUUCGUGGUUCUCAUAUGUGGCUUAAUCGUAGCAAUUUUAAUGGCAAUGCUGGAAUUUUUGUGGAGCCUACGACACUCUGAACAGACAGAGGUGUCUGUCUGCCAGGAGAUGGUGACAGAGCUGCGCAGUAUCAUCCUCUGCAAAGACAGUUUCCACCCUCGGCGAAGGCGAGGGGGGAUGAUACGGACUCGGCCCAUUAUUGCCGAGGAACGUCGACCCCGCAGUACAACCACUCUCAGCAACGGAAAACUAUGCGGCGGCGGUGAGCCAGACCCGCUGGCGCAAAGACUUGCACAAGAAGCCGCUCUGGUUGCCCGAGGCUGCACGCACAUUCGGGUGUGCCCGGAGUGUCGGAGGUUCCAGGGCCUCCGGGCGCGGCCAGCUCCGGGUUCACCUGCACAAAGCGAAGAGAGCUUGGAAUGGGAGAAAGCCACCAACAGCAGCGAACCUGAGUAG